AUGAUAGUAGCUACAAUGGCAAACCUAGCUUCGCAAGAUAGCGACGAUUUUGAUUACGAUUUUUCGCUAGAAGACGAAGAGGCAUUGAUCCAACUUGCUACUUCCGCUCGCCCCGCUGGUGAGCUGGUCCUAGACAAUGCUGCAGCCAUUCAUGCCACGGAUUUCACGUACAGUAACUGUGCGCCGAGAACUCACAAUGCGUUCGAGCAGCAGUCCUAUAUGGCGGCUCAUGUCGAGGCGCUGCCACGCACGCUGCCUUCACCAGUGUCGCUGGAUGGCGACAUCCAAUAUCCCGAUUUGAGUCGGGCGCUUAAGAAUAUCAACGAGGAGGCUCCCCCGCCUGCUGUGCAAACUACAGACCAGGGUAAAGCGCCCAGGUCAUCGGCGCGAGGUCAAGAGUCCGACGAUGGUCGCUCACCCCUCCAGAGGUUCCGGUCUUAUCCCAAGAAGCCUCUGACCGUGUCGGACUUGACAUCGGGCGCUUGGUGCGAACUCCAGUACUUUUAUACCCUUACUCGGCUACCUGGAGGCCGCCGGACUCGCACCGCGGCGAUGCGACAAGGCAGUGCUAUGCAUCAGAAGCUAGAGGACGAGGUGCACACGGCCGUAAAGAUCGACAUUGUGACCAAAGAGGAUGCAUUUGGUCUUCGGCUCUGGAAUUUUGUCCAAGGACUAAGAACCCUCCGCGACAUGGGCUUGACCCGGGAAUUGGAAGUGUGGGGUAUGAUUGACGGGAAUCUCGUCAACGGAAUCAUUGACAGCGUCAGCUAUGACAACCCAAACGAGGAAUUCGAGGAGGAGCUCUCCAGCCAAGAGUCGCAGGCGGCGCAGCUUCAGACGAGCAUCCGAGACUUCUUCCCACAAAAAUCAAAGACCGAGCAUCACCGCAAGGUCUACCUGACAGAUGUGAAGACCAGACGGUCACGCAAGCCCGUCACCCGUGCUGUUGUCAAGCCAGCCAAGGUCCAGUUGCUUCUGUACCAUAUGUUCUUGUGUGACAUGGCCGCGGGAAAAUUGGACUAUCUAAAGGUUUUUCGCCGCUAUGGGCUCGAUCCUGACGAUACAUUCUCGGAUACGUUCAUGGCCGAGAUCGGCAGUCUUCACGAUGAGAUUUUCGACACGCCCGCGAGCUCACAGGUAGCUCCAACAUCAAGUGAUAUUACCUCCAGUGGUGAGGAAGAUUCACGGAUGGCUUCGGCUCCUGACCUACUCAAGUAUAACACUCUCCGUGAUCUUAUCUCAUUGGUUAAGGAUGAAAUACGUCUCACAUUCCCUGAAGGGGCAGAUUCUAUCGGGCAAAUGCUUCGUGUUCACUAUAUUCACCAGGAAUCUGGGGAGGAUAUAGAUGUCUCUGAUUUCCCUGUAUCCAGGGUAGCGCUGGAAAAAUACCUUUCCAAAUACAUGGAGUGGUGGCGCGGAGAGCGGCCGGCCGAAGGGGUUGAGAUAGAGGAGGGUUUCAAGUGCCAGACAUGCGAGUUUGGAAACGACUGCUCCUGGCGGGAAAGCUUGGGCCAGCGCAUACUGGCACAGGCAGAGGAGAAGAGACGUGCACGUCAGGCUAAUGCACGCUGA